AUGGCCUACCUGCUCCAUUCUCAAGUAUUACUCCUAACAACCCUAAUAUUAGUUCUGAACCUGAGCUAUUACCAUGUGGUAGGUUACAUGCUGGUAGGUGGCAUAAGAGAAUCUAGUAUGGAGGAGGAUGGGGCCCAAGAAGCACUGGACUUUGCUGUCAGCCAGUACAAUGAAAAAAACAGUGACAUGUACCUGAGUCAAGUGGUGGAAGUGAAGAGUGUCAAAACACAGGUCGUUGCUGGACAGAUAUAUUAUUUUGACGUGAUCCUAGGCAAAACAACAUGUUUGAAGACCGAAGCUGACUCAACCCACUGUCCCUUAAAUGAACAGGCUGAUCAGCAAGAGAGUGAAUUCUGCUCUUUUGAGGUCCUUGAUGUCCCCUGGGAGAAUUAUAUGGCCCUGAUGAACUCCAGCUGUCACAGUAUAUAA